CAGCCAGGAAAACUCUCUCCUUUGGGACAUCUCAUUGUCAAAUUCACAUGAAAUUGACGCGCGAUGGAUUAUAAACCUAGAAACAAAUACAUUUCAACGUCGCCGUCAGUUUCCUGUUUUGUACCGAGGAAGGUCCUGGCGAACGCCUAAACGGACCUUUUGUUGUUGUAAUUGAUAUUAACACUGGACAUUUUUCGCUGCUGAUAUGGGCGAAUGCAGACCUCUCCCUGUGUUGUGUCUGUUUCUGGGCUGGUGUAAUUUAGUCACGUCGCUAGAAACGAGUUUGUGCUAAUCGCAAUUUCGCUCUGUUCUUUGCACGUUCAUUGAAUUUCAACAGCAGAUGGGCAAUAGGCGAUGCUGUCCUUGGCACAGAGUGAAUCGGGAUACCGAGACAGGUUAGACUUUCAGAGCGGCAACUCUAUCAGAAUAUAACGGGAACCAAAUGAAAAAUUCAACCCGGACUGACACAAGGGAAAGAAACAAAAGCGCUACCACCUUCGUUAAUCCACCUUGUGUCUGACAAACACCGCAAAGGCUUCUAACACUGUCUUGGAGAUUAGUUCUCAAGACACUGCGUAUUUCUCACUCCUGUUAAAGACGAAGGUUAUUAAAUUAAAAACAAAAAUGAAGGAAAUCAAAUCGCGGCUUAUUCAAGAGCUGACUGAUCCUGUUGGAGGACCGAGCUGAUAGAUAAAAGCAAAAACACUGCGGAUGUUACAAAUCCUAAACGGACACAGACAAUUGCUGAAGAAACUCAGCAGGUCUGGCAGCAUCUAUGCAGAGAGAGAAAAAAGCCAGUUCAUGUUACGAGGCUGGUCUGACUGUUCUUAGGAGCUCCUGCUGGAGCCGGUGGGUGAAGGAGAGAUGAGAGGGAUGGUGGUCUGGCCAGGCAAGCAUUGGAGUAGUCUUCCAGAGCUGUGGGGUUCGAUUCUUGCGAGUGCAUGAUCCCACGCCUUGCUUUAGUCGCAACCGAUCUGGGUCAGAAAGAGAUGGAUUAUCAUUUCCCAGAACCCUGAGAAUUACAGCACAAGAGAAGACAAAGCGGGGGAUGUUUUGAGUUUAGCCUCAGCAGCUGAAUUCCCAUUAAAUUAUCCCAUCUCCCAGACGGUGGGCUUUAGGGCUUGUGCUCCCAAGGUGGGCACACACGACACAAAUGGUUUGAGGCGGGGGGUAGGAUCCAGCUGGUGUUUGGAGACUGUAAGUAGGUGCAGGGGUGUGGAAGUUGGCGAGGGUGGGGGAGGUGAGGUGCUGGUGAAAGAAAAGAUUUUGAACCUUUGCCACACUGCAUUAAAAGAAAAGAGAAACUUCGAAAAAUUGGAGGAGUGGUUGCCAGGAACACAAAGAAAGCAGGGCAUUCAGAAGACACUAGGCAGGAGUCCAAAUGCGGGGGAUGGAGUUUCAGACCCUCUUCCAGUUUUAAAUGGAGAAGGGAUAGGGGUGUUGUUGGAAAUGAUGCUGUCAGACCGCCCAUUCUAUGGUGCCGGCUGCCUGGCACCGCCCACCGGGGACUUAGUGUGCAGGCUUUCUCCUCAAGCCAAGGCUGACCAUUGCCCAUGGGUCCCACUCAGCCCAGGUGGGAAAGCACAAUGGCAAGGUAAUGGCUGCUGCUGGAGACGUGCCCCUCUCAAAUCAGUAGAGGAUUGUGCCCAGACUGUACCCCUUCCUGCCUGUCCCCUCAGUGAGAGGCUUGAAGGAGAUGGCAACCUGGAUGCCAAAGGACCAAGUGGGGUUGUCCUUGGACCCACUGUGGAGCCAGAGGAAAGGCACUGCCGUGGAUUCGGUCACAUGAUGGAGACAGACAUUGAGCUGUUUACUAAAUCUGGUCCCAAAGUGGAGGGAGUGGAUGGACACUGUCCUCCAACUGGCUGCACACCAGAUGCAUGCGUUGGGUCAUAUCAUGCAGCUGGUCCCACAGCGGAGGCAGGGUGUGGGCUGUAUCAUGGAGCUGGUCCCACAGCGGAGGCAGGGGGUGGGCUGUAUCAUGGAGCUGGUCCCACAGCGGAGGCAGGGGUUGGGCUGUAUCAUGGAGCUGGUCCCACAGAGGAGGCAGGGGGUGGGCUGUAUCAUGGAGCUGGUCCCACAGCAGAGGCAGGGGUUGGGCUGUAUCAUGGAGCUGAUCCUACAGCGGAGGAAGGGAUUAGGCUGUAUCAUGGAGCUGGUCCCACAGCAGAGGCAGGGGAUGGGCUGUAUCAUGGACCUGAUCCCACAGCAGAGGCAGAGGGUUGGCCCUGUGAUGGAAUUGAUCAUAGAGUGGAGAAAGAGUGUAGGCCAUAUCAUGGAGCUGGUCACAAACAGGCUGUGAUCUCACAGGCUCUUACAAGAUCUGCUUCAAAAGACUGUGCAAUUAAAGAACUGACAGAACCUCACAAACACCAAUGGAGGUACCAGAACGUUCAAGAUGUCGAGGGGAAUGUUAUCACAGUAACUGGUCCAUCAGAAAUCCAACCACAUCCAUCCUGCGAGGGCACCGCAGGGCUUACAGACCCGGUAACUAUGGAAACAGGCACUGUGGGAGACCAGGCCCAGUUAUGUGAUGCCACCCAGGCAAAGGAGAAAGUUGGUGAUGGGGACUGUGAAGAUGAGUUCGGUAUGUUUGAGAAGGCGGGGAACCUGGUGCAAUGGGCUGAAUUUCCAGGCCCUCUGGGACUGGAGUGUGAGACACCACAUGAGCACAGCUAUACUGCAGCUGGAUGGAGUCAGGAGUCAGGCGAGGACAUGGUGACCUGCAGAAUGUGGAGGCCCACGUCUGAGAACACGGCAACCGAAACAGACAUGGAAAAAAGUGUGCAUCCAGGAGCAAGUCUUCAUGGGUCUUCAAACAGAGCAGCAGAGAAUUGGAGGAGCACGUGCCCACCCAGCUGCGUCACACCCGGUCAUACCCAAACUUCUGAAAGUGGCUGGAGAGCAUUCCACAGUGAAGACUGGCAGACCCAGGGCAGCAGCUUUGAUGCUUUCCCCUUGAACAAGUGGGAGAUAGAACAGCAGGGAACCAAAGCAAAGUGGUGGUCUGCUGCCCUGGAACGUCACCCAUUCCAGCCAACACCAUCUGCACAAUCAUCACUGGACAAUGUUGGACUGGAGUCAGUGUUCCACACCUGUUUCCCAAUGGUCUCUUCCACCAACUCGGGUGACCCAAUCCCACCCCUUGGGCAGCUGCUGGGCACGAAGAAAGGGGGUGAAGGAUUCCUGAGCACACAGGCCUGUGACCUCUGGGCUUCACUGCAGAAUGUCGCUGAGACAGUCGGGCUGAAACGUAAAUGGGCUGAUUGUCAGAGUCGCAAACUCCUACUGGUGUCGCUAUGUGUAGAUCCUACAACCACUGAGACAUCUGCAGGUCACACAAGAACAGUGGGCUCCUCUCCGCUAUUCUCCAUAGAUACCAGGACAGAGUGGCAGCCUUCACCUGAUACCUUGGACUGGGAUUACAAGGAGUUGAUGUUAAUUAAGAACUCGGCCCCUCAGAUCCAGAAUGGCUAUAGUCCAACCCACCGUAUCCAGGCCUUCUUUUAUCACUGGACACAGGCUGACAGAAAUGGGAAAAGCAAGACUACGUAUGACUUCAAUAAGAACUUCAUGGCCUAGUGGAUCUGAAACUGCAGCACUGGUGCUUCCUUCUGCUCCAUCAAGCCUUUUGCAAACCUUUUAUUUGUCUCUCUAGGUCACGUCUUUAUUUAUUUAAAGGGGCUUAUUUGUUUAUUGGGAAAGUGGCAAGGCAGUCAGAACAGGAAUGAAGGAGUGUGUGGAUGGUUUCAGGUAGAAAUGCAGACCUUUUCAACUAAAGAGAAAGAUAGCUAGAAAUAUAGAACAGAAUUAUAAGAGUUUCUACAGAUAUUUUAAAAGAAAGGAGUUUCACUGGGUAAGCAUUGGUCUGAAAGAAACUGAGUAGAAAGAAUUAAUAAUGAAAAAUAGGGAGGUGGCAAAUGAAGUGAUCAGGUAUUUUGCAUCAGUCUUCACCUUAGAGGAUAAAGUAGUCUCCCAUAAAUAGCUGUAAAUCAGGGAGGGAGGAACUCAAGAAAAUUGCGAUCACCAGGGAAGUGGUGCUGUGAAAAUCAUUGAAGCUGGUGGCUGACAAGUCCUCGGGUCGUGAUAGACAUCACCCUAAAGAUUGAAAUGGCUAAUAAGACAGUUGAUGUGUUGGUUUUAAUUUUCCAAAAUUCCCUAGAUUUGGGCAAGGUCCUAUUAGAUUGGAAAAUAGCAAAUGUUAGUCCUUUAUUCAAAAAGGGAAGAAGAAAUAAACCAGGAAACUACAGCCAGUUAGCUUAAUAGCUGUCAUAAGAAAGAUGUUAGAAGCUAUUAUGAAAUAUGAUUUAGCAAGGCACUUGGAAAAGCUCAAGAUAAUCAGGUAGAAUCAACACGGUUUUAUGAAAGGGAAAACAUGUUUGACCAAUUUGGUAGCAUUCUUUAAGGAAGUUACAUGCUAUGGAUAAAGAGGAACUGGUGGUUGAACUAUACUUGGAUUUACAGAAAGCAUUUGAUAAGAUGCCACAUCAAAGGUUAUUACAGAAAAUAAAAGCUCACGGUAUAGAGGUAACUUAUAGGCAUGUCUAGAUAAUUGGCUCGCAGACAGGAAACAGAAAGAAGGCAUAAUGGGAUGUUGCAUCUUGAGGGGAAUCUAGCACUAGGGGUUACUUUUUACAAAUAAAGGGUCAAUCAUUUAAGACAAA